ACCAGCACCCACGACGAAAUCCUCGGUCGUCUGUCAAACGGAACUCGGCGCGAGUUCCGCGCAAACCGGAUUACAUUAUUUCUUCGACGUGCGCGCGCGCGCGCGUGCGCAGCUUCUUCGGGAUUAUAAACCGAUUGUCACAGCUCGGAAAAUUGUCGCUCGGUGCCGACACGUAAAAUUUUUUUUUUUGCGAAAGACUCCGCGCGGCAAAGGACAAGUGAAGUUUCACAUGGUCCCUCAACUGGGGGACUUGGUGCGAGUUUUCGAUCGGGAACCGUCGCCUCGCUUUUUGCCAGAACGUUUUUUUCACGAAAAACGGAAGAAUUCUGUAAACCCUACUUGAGAACAUAUUUCCCCACAGUGAUCUUCCCACGACGAUCUCGCGACGUGACAACGUUUGAGUGAAACUGUUGUUGUAACUAAAACAAAAAAACUUUGUACAUAUAUAAAUAAAACAGAUAAACAAAAAAAUUGUUAAUUAAGAGCUCGAGGCGCAGCGCCGCUGACUUGUGUCGUUGACGAGAAGUGCGAAAAUGUAAAAACGGGAAGAGAUAAAGAGAAACACCGCGGAAGAGAUCGAUCGACGAAAAAAAUUGAAUCGCUGCGAUUGUUGCGAUUUUGUGCGAAUUUACGACGAGAGAGACGUUGGAAAUCGAAGCGCGAGAACCUUCGAGCGCGGAGAACACAAAGAAAGUCCAAAGAGAUAAGACGGAGGAGAGUUGAGCGACGAGUAAAAAAGCAAAGUAACGUAUAUAGAACCGAGCGCGAGAACUUUUAUAUAUAUGCGCGACGUAAAGCGCGAGAUAAUGACGAGCAAAAUUAAUUAAACGUGACAACACAAUUGCAAACAGAUCGGCAACGUCGGUCGUCGUUGAAACAAAAAAAAAAAAGAAAAGAAAAGAAAAAUUCCUUCCAUCGAGAAAGUGACGCGCGCUCGCCACAAUGAUAAAGCGAUAAGCGGCGAUAGCGCGGCAAUGACUAAUUGAUCGACGAUUUUCUGUUCUUCCGAGACGAGAGAUGAGCGACGUGGAUUCCGCUUCGUGCGGCGCGCGAUAAAUCGACGAUCGAUUUUUUCCGAACUCUUUGCGGCUUACGCGGUCGUGCGACGAAAAGGGAUGAAGAUGAACGACGUCAAGCCAGAGAGCUCUAGCGCGUCGAUCUCGCCGACAUUGGGCGGAAACAACAACGGUAACAACAAUAACAACAGCAUCAACAACGACAACGGUAAGGUAUCGGCCGCGGCCGCAGCGGUGACCGCCAAUGGCGGCGAGGGAAUCAGCGCCGCCGUCGCCAAAGUUCUUCAGGGAUACGACUGGACUCUGGUACCUGUCGCUACCAAGGGCUCCGGUGACAAAAGAGCGGCCCACGUCAAGAGACCUAUGAACGCGUUCAUGGUGUGGGCUCAGGCUGCGAGGCGAAAACUGGCCGAUCAGUAUCCGCAGCUUCACAACGCCGAGCUGUCGAAAACACUGGGAAAAUUGUGGCGACUUCUGUCCGAUAACGACAAGAAGCCCUUCAUCGAGGAGGCCGAUCGUCUGCGCGUCAUUCACAAACGCGAACAUCCCGACUACAAGUACCAACCAAGACGUCGGAAACAGAACGGACCGUCUUCCGGUCGCGAGAACUCGCCCUCGCGGAAUCAGAGCAACGUGACGUUCAGCGUUUCCAGAUCCUUGAAGCAGGAGGACAUGAGCCCACGGGGUGUUCAAGGACCCAAUUCGCCGCAGAGUGGCGUGAGCUCGUCGCCACCCACGACGCCUAGUCAGGGUCUGUCUCCGCCGACGCCCCCCACGACGCCCAGAGGACAACAUUACGUUAAUCAGACCAACCAGCUCCCGCCGAACAACAGCGUGUACUAUCAGGAGUUGGUCAGCGGCUCGAGCGAGUCUCCGCACCAGCAGCCGCCGGUCGAUCUCCGAUACGUCGAGGUCGGAGACGGCCUCGCCAGCGAGGAGAACCAGUUGAACGGUCUCGGUACUUUGGGCGGUCUGAACAUCCCGCUGAAUUUUCAAGAGUGCGAGGUCGAGAGCAACGAGCUCGACCAAUACCUUCCACCCCAGAACGCGCCGCUACAUCAGUAUCCACCCGUGCAAGUCACCACUGCCUCGCAGUGGUUGCUCAACAGAUACGAGGACGAGCUCGAGAGGCCGAUCAAACGCCACUGUUCGGAGCAAACGAUCGGAGCGGAGGUGUCCUCGUGGGAGGACAGGACGCAGGAAAUGGUCAGAUACCACGAGCUGCAGCCUCCCCUUCCCCCGGUCCAGUACAUAUCCACUCACAACGCCCAUCACUCGCACGCAGCCACGCAGAUGGGCCAUCCGCACGUGUCCACGCCGUACGCGCAAUACGCGCAUCGCUACGUACCCGGUAUCGAGACGUGGCCGAAUUACAUGUAAAAAAAAACCAAAGCGAGAUAAAACGAUCGAAACGUUUUCAAUUCUGAAAAGCGCGGAGCGUUCGUUCGCGAAAAUUCGAUUCGCGUGUGUAAACUCGCGUCUCUCCGCGAGUUGUCGCGCAAGAUAAGAACAUUCUCCGUUUUACGUCAAUCCGAUCGAGACGAAGAAAACAAAUUUGUGAUUUCCGGAGUAAUUUCUCUCCGCAACGCGUUGAACUUCAGCGGCGUUUUUUGGGCGCGUAGUAGCUCCAAAAAAAAAAAAUAGCCAAAUACGACGUAAUUAAUUAAAAAAAUAAACCUUACCAAUAAGUGACGUGUGAUAAAGUUUUGUAACAAAAAACUAGAGUAAGAUACGUUUAAGACAUCUUCGGCCGAGUUCGCAGAAUGUCGUUUCUCUUAGUCGGGAAGAUUGAAAGUGACAUUCUCUCCCUGAUAUUCUUUCAAUAUACAAACUUUUGCAGAAUGUAAAUAACAUUCUGCGUGUAACUUCGAACACGUUCUAUCGACAACGUCGCGGCCCGAAGUCGGCAAACCUUAUCGCUCGAGUUUCGCAUAAAUUUCGAGUGCGAUUAUCAGCGAACAUCAGUAAUCCCGCCUUGAACUUUAAUAACCGGUAAAACAUGCUGCAAUGCGAAUAGAAAUUUCGUUUGCAUCAGAAAUCGCGCGAAAAAUUGCGUGACACAAUAUCUAAUACAAUUAUAUUACAAAUAAUUAAGUGAAUAAACAAAAAUGUAUAAAUUUAGGAGAGCAUUAAAUUUUUUUUCUCGUCAGACGUAAAAUGAAAGUGAAGUUGCCGUAACGCACACAACGCUUUUGCGAGAUAUAUGUUAAUAAACAAUUUCUUUACUUCGCAUAAUUUAUUAGCGUAAUUAUUAACACGCGAUAUAUGACUUAACAAUAAUAAUAUUUGCAUUGCGUGCGUUACUUUUUUACUGGACGAAGAAGCGCGAGACGGAGAUUGGCUUAUUCUUUUGACUUGAGAGACUACCAACGUGGACGAGGCGCGGCCACGAUACACUCACCAUGACAUCAUUCCAUGACAGCCGGCCAUUCCAAAGCGCAGAAUUUCAGGCCAAACAAACAGGCCGCUCGAUAUAUAUAUAUAUAUAUAUGUAUAUAUGUAUAUACGUAUAUAUAUAUAUAUAUAUGUAUAUACGGUGCCCAACAGCGCGCUUUUCGAAUGUAAUAAUAUAUAUAUAUGUACGCGCGAGGAACGCUAUAAACCGUGACGUUCGCGUACGUCUCGUUCAAAUAAACGGCUGAAACACGAUCGACGAUAAUAACAAACGUAUAUACACGCGUUCCGUCUAAAGUAUUUCAGGAUUCGUCCGAAAUUCACGGACGAAUCGCGCGCGGUUAAAUUUAUCGAAACAAUGAGAUAAAAGAUUCUUUCGAAUAAAAAUAAUUAAAAAAAGUAGACAUUUAAAAAUAAUUUCUGAUAUUUGUUCAAUUUUUAAUCGCGAGUGUUGGCGCCCGAGAUUACCGAGAUGUAUCGAUAGACCUGAUUGGCCUGAUGUCGAGCGCGCAGCUAAUGUAGAUGAUCUUAGCACAUAUUAGAACAUAUGUAGAUUAUACGUAUGUUAUAUAUAUAUAUAUAUAUAUAUAUAGAGAGAGAGAGAGAGAGAGAUUAUAUUAACACUUAUAUGUACACUAGUUAUGACAGCCGCGCGUGCACGCGCGUGCGCGCUUUUGUACUUAGAUAUUUAUUCAACGCAUUACACAAAGAUCGAUAGAAAAACAAAAGACGUAGAUAUUACCUGGCGUAGUUUGAACGUCGAAAGACGAGCGUUAAAUCAUAAUUUAUAUAAGUGCGAUGUGUACGCUGAUCUGUAGAAAAUAAAAAACAACA